AUGCUUCAGCCUUGUACGAUACUAAUUCUCUACUUUGUAUAUGUCGGCUCAACUUACAUUGGACUAACUGGAAUUCUUCUAUGUUCUGAACCUUUCAGUAGGACUGCCACGAUCUUCCUGAUGGAAAGGGAUUUUGGAAGAACGAUAUUCGACUAUGUGGAUGACGACGAUGUGUUAGCUUACAAGCAGGUCGAGGUGAACUCACCGUUUGAGCUUGGAGGAUAUGAAAAUGAACUUAAUGGGCUGGAACCAUACAUCUACAUUAGAUAUAACUGCGAUAAGGGCUAUCGAGAGGAAGUAAUAAACCUUGGCGACACUCAGUUUCGAGACCGCGUUUUUUAUUUCCGAAAGCAUCUGGAUACAGGGGCUACAGUAUUGCUAUGA